AAGCUUUUUAUUUCAUUCUAUUCUAUAAAAAGAGGCUUUUCUUGUAUUAUUAUAUCAUUGUUUUUCUUAUUUUUUAGCAUAUUGGAGAAUAUAGACUCUUUAUUAUUUGAUACUAAUUGCUCUAUUUUUUAUAUAUUUGUUUCAUUUUUUACCUCGUUUUUAAAAAAACUUAAAGAUGACAAAUCAUUCUGAUUCUUUACAAUAUUAGUUAAUAGAUUAUUUUCUUAAUUUUAAUUAAUUGGUUUAAAUAAACCUUAAUAGGGUUCUGUCUUUAAUUCAGGUUUUUAGAAUAUAGAACCUUAUUAAUUUAUAGGUUACUAGAGUAUAUUUCCGAAUAAACUAGUAGAGUUUUGAGUUGAUGUAUUUGUGAAAAUUGGUGGUUUUGAUUCCGGCUAUUAUUAGAAUCCAAAUAAACUAGAAUUAUUUUUAGUUUAUUAUUAUUAAAAUCCAAAUAAAUUAUCUUUGUUCUCUAAAGGUUUUUAUUAUGUACAGAGAUGUCCUAUAUUUAAAGAUGUUUCUGGUUUUUUAUCGAAUAAACUGCUGGGUUUAUUUUCUUAUUAUUAUAAAUUAUCUUUAUUAUUUUAAGUCUUUAGUAAAGUAUUAAGUAUAUUAUUUUAAGGUUAAUAAUUUGCGAAUAAACCACCACCAGUUUUAUUUUAUUCUUAUUGUUAUUAAAUAUCUUUAUUUUCUUAAGGUUUUAUUAAAGAAGUAAAAAGGCCGCCUGUAUUUGAAUUCUAUUAUUAUUAGGUUUAUGGUUUUUUUUCAAAUAAUCCUUCAGUUUAUUCCUAUUGUUACUAGUUAUCUUUAUUUUCUUGAGGUUUUUAUAAAGGAAGAUAUGUAUUAUUUUAAGAUUAAAUUACUUAUUCUUAUUAUUUUUAUAAUUAUUUGAAUAAAGGUUGUUAUUAAUCAUUUUGCUUUUCAAAAUAACUAGAAGGAA